AUGGUGGGUGGGAGGGAGUGCAAGGCCCAGCUGGAUCUGCUCUGGCUGGACGAUGCUGAUCCGGCUGGCUUUCAUGCUCGCCUCCUCAUCACUGCAGAUGCUGUCAUCGUCCCCACGCCCACCGCUUCGCUCUAUGCUCUCGCAAAGCCGGAUGGCAAGCCGCUCUCGGGCUUCUGGCCGCUCAACAUGGCCGACUCGGCGCUGCGAUUCGACUCGCCGCCGCUACCGCUUCCGAAGGGUGACUUUGCUAUCUUUACUACUUCUGGUGAAGCUCUCAUCAUCAGUGCACAGGGCAGUCUGCGACGGGGCUCUGCUCUGGCUCUCCCGCCGCUUGCUGUCGAUCGCCAUCACCUGCCGCUGCUGAACGCUCCGCCGGGCGGGGCAGAGGUCCAUGUCGUCCUUGCCUCAUCCUCACCCGUCGCUCCUGCUCGCCAGCCUGUCAGCGAUCUGGCGGCCUGGGCCUCGUCGCCGCACGCUAUGGCCUUUAUCGACGCAGACUACGGCCCGCCGCGAGCGACGGCCGAUGCCGAGCUCGCGGUCGACCUUCACUCCCCGGCCUACGCAAAGUACGCCGCGGCCCACCGGCUGCCGCCGCAGUCUUUGCCGCGGCCGGGCGCCCGCCGCGCUCGCCCGCGCGCUCCUCCCGACUCGGCGAGCCACGCGUGGCGCCUGCUUGAUCCCCACGUUCUCGCCCCGCCGCUCGCCGUUCCGCUCAGUGACGUUGUCGCCGUCGCCGUCUCCUACUUUGCCGAGCCAAGCGAGCGCCGCUAUGCCGCGUUCUUUGCCGACGACUUGCCGCCGAUGGCUGUCGCCGCCGUCGCGCUCGUCUCCUUUGCCACCGACGAGAUCCUCGACGUUGUCCCUGUCGAGGCCUCGUACUAUGAGCCGGACUCACAGUACACUGCCCGCAUCUACGCACCGAUGGUGGUCGGUGACGUUGAUGGCGACGGUAGCAACGACAUUAUUGUCGCCACGUCCAUGGGUGCCAUCUACGUCCUCGACCUCGCCACCCGCAAGCUUCACGCCCCGUAUCCGGUUUUCUUUGACUCGGUCCAUGUCGCUCCAGUCCUCGUCCCUUCGCCGGUCGCCGGCUCACCGGGUCUCGCGCUCCUAAUCGCCGACACUAAUUCAAACGUGGUUCUCUUCUCCGGCGCCACCGCGUCUAGCCUCUGGCAUGCCCGCGUCGCCGGCAACCCAUCACCGCUGGUUGUGGCCGACGCCGACAACGACGGCGAGCUCGACGUCGUUCUCGGCUCCACCUCGGGUCACCUCUGGGCCUUCAGCCUUGCCGCCGGUGAGUCCCGUCCACACUUUCCGCUCCGUGUUGGUGGCCGCAUCACCGCUGCACCGACGCCGCUCGCCCCCGGUGUCGUCGCUGUCCCGGCUCGUGAUGGCUAUGUGUACGUCGUCGAGGCGUCGGCAUCGUCGGGUCACACUUGUGUGGAGAAGAUCGACAUUGGCGAGACGCUGCCGCAUGCCCUCCAGGCCGCCGAUGCCGAUGCCUCGGGCGUUGUCACGCUCUUUGGCGCCUCGCUCUCGGGCCGCAUCCUCGCCCUGGAGACCAAUGUCGAGACCCGUGCCGCCGCGCUCGCCAGCGCCCUUGGCAUCGUCUUUACCGAAGCCAAUCCUGCUGCCGCCGCCGGGUGGUCCGUCCGCCUCCACCUCUACAUCCACGACGCAUUUGCCGUCGCGCCGGCUGAAAACGGCUACACUGUUGUGGUCACACUCGGGCACUCGGACAACGUCAUCCACACCGCGACCGUUUCCACCCCCGGCGCCGUCAAGCUCGACAUGCCGCUCAGUGCCAUCACCACCCGAGGCCCGGUCACACUUGUGGCCCGAGUCCAGGCCCGCGGCAUGACGUCAGGUGCUGCCGAGCUUGGACUUGUGGCCCACGACGCGUUUUACCGCGUCCUCAAGGUCUUUGUCCUCGUCCCGAUGGCGUUUGCCGUCGCCGCGGCCUGGCUCGCAUCAUACGCGCCGUCGCGCUCCCAACGGGCUGGACUCCUCGGAAAGCAUGCGUAG